UCUUGGGGGAGUUCGAAGGGUACCAACUGGGCAGCGAGCCCACCGCCCGCCUGCAGAACAACGUCACUUCGAAGCUGGGGAGAAUUAAAGCCUUCCUUGGUUACAUGGCCAGGGGCACCGCGGAGCCAGGGACCUUCCUUUUUCUCAACCAACCAGCCCGAAUCCGAGCGUGGGCCGCCCUGCUAGGUCAGACGCGGAUGGCCGAGCCCACCAGGCAGCACUAUCUGAAGAACGUGGCCCAGUUCCUGGACUACCUAUCGGAAACCCCGCCGGCCGCCUGUCGCCUCUCCAGCACGACUCUGGUUCUGAUUCGACGGGAGGUCAGAGCCCUCUUUCGCGGCAUACGCCGGCGUGUCGUCGUGCACGAGGUACGGACCAAGCAGGCGAAGGAAAGCAGACUGAUCCCCAAGGCCAGCCUAGUGCGCUGUCACCGGACCGCUGGGAGGAAAAUUCCCGCCCUGCUAGAUAGCCUCGAGUCCAACCCAAGCACUAGGCAACAGUGGCGCUUUUAUGGCUUUCUGACUGGUUACCUAACCUCCAUCUCUGGGCACCGCUGUGGAGUCUUCCAGAAUCUCACAAUCCAGGAGGUUGAAGAGGCCUCCAGAAGCCCCGACGAGUCUGCUUAUGUCAUUAACGCAAAGAAUGCACACUCUUCAGAGGAUCGCCGCAAGGUGGCGCAAUUCAUGUGCCAUGACACUUCAACCUCAGAUAAGAGGAUGGGGAGGCAGCGGGCACUGAAAGCCCCCCGCGGAAAGGGCGCAAGAGGACAGAGACUCCCGUCUCUCCCCUGGAGGGAACCAGCAGGAGGAUGCUGCCAUGGCGCCCUGCCAGGGAGAAAAGCCAGGGCGCUCGCCCACUCGAACCAACAGAAGACUCUGAAUCGUCCUGAAUAAAUAUUGUACAACUUAACAGUCAAA